UCUUCAGUAACAGUCUUCGCGCCGAAACCUCACAGUCGUGGUCCAGACACUCCGUGUUUCUCGCCGUAUUACUGUUAAAAGUGAGUCUCUCGGUGCCGAAUUAUCGCGAAUGUGACGUAAAGCAAAGUGCCAAACGUUCGUGACGACGUCGGAGCUCAUAAACAGACUAUAUUAUGGUCGCGAAUAUCCGAACCGGCGAUUCGUAUCGGGAAGCCGGUCGACAUCUUCGACGUCGUCUUCGUGUCUUUUCGUGUGAUUUUUUCGUUGAGUGUGCAGUAAAAGUACGCCAUUAUUGUGAAUUUAAAUUAUCAUUUUUCAAUUAAUCGGCUCUUAAUUGUAUUUUUUCCUAAUAUUUGAUCUAAUCUAGUGCCAUUGCGGUUAUGAUUAUUUUGACUGACCGAUCAGCUAAUCAGGUAAUCAGCAUAAAACGAUGAACAUAGAUUUCUUAAUUGUUCAAUCAAACGAAGCAUCUGUAAUUGCAAAUGGCAUCCUUUGUUAGCAAAAAAAUGUUUGAAAAAGUUUAUCGUACUGCUAUCGUCAUCUUAUCGGACGAAAUGAGAAGUACUGAAUUUAUACAAACAAGAUGGAAGGUAACAUUGGAGUUACUUAACGAGUAUCGGUAUUACAGUAACCUGUCAAAACUAGUGAUCGGGAAGUGAAACAAGUACAGUGUUGGAAAGUCCGUUCGCGAUCGCGAGGUGGCAGCUCGAUGCCCGAUUACGUCGCGACACUCGGUUAUUGCAUAUAGCAUUGCCAUAGUGUUAAAAUGGCCGCGACGGUUUCCAAGAAUUCGAGUGCAGUGUUGUGAGUGCGCGUGCAUUUCGACAAGAGGACCAUCGCUUGAGAAGGACGCCGCCGCCGCGGAAGGCUACCUCGAAGCAUGACCGACAAUCCUGCGCCACUAAUUGAACAAUGCAGUGCAGCGAGCAGUUCUCCAGUUAAACGUGUGGCGAACCAGGCGCUUACCGUUUCGCCACAGCCGGCAGUAACGGUGGAGGGGCCGGUGUCUAGAAUGUCUCCACCGACGAACGACGUGACCAACGGUGUGGUGGCGCCGCCCAGCACCCUGGCGCCCCGGGUUCCACCGACGACGAACCCGAGCCUCACCACCAUUAACCCACCAACGCACAAGCGUACCCCAAAGGACUUCAUCUUUGGCAAGGUGAUCGGCGAAGGCAGCUUCUCCACCGUUUACAUUGCCAAAGAUAUCCAUACCAGCAAAGAGUACGCGAUCAAGGUGUGCGAGAAGCGUCACAUACUCAAAGAGAAGAAGUCCGAGUAUGUGAAGCUCGAGAAGGACGUGCUGAACAUGCUCGCGGGCGCCAAGCACUCGUUCGUGCGUUUGUUCUGCACCUUCCAGGACAGUGAGAGACUCUACUUCGUCCUAUCGUACGCUAAAAACGGCGAGCUCCUGCCAUACAUCAACAAGGUGGGCUCCUUCGACAUCGAGUGCACCAAGUUUUAUUCGGCCGAGAUUCUGCGCGGUCUCGAGUACCUGCACGGACUCGGUAUCAUUCACCGGGAUCUCAAGCCGGAGAACAUCCUGCUGGACGAAAAGAUGCAUGUGCUAAUCACCGACUUUGGCAGCGCCAAGAUUCUCGACGAUCCAGAAACGGUGACGAACAACGACGACAACUACGACGACGACGACGACGACGACGACGACGACAGCUCGGACGGAGACCCAGACGCCCAGCAGCAGCACUACCGCAGGGAACGCAGGGGCUCCUUCGUCGGUACUGCUCAAUACGUGUCACCGGAGUUACUGACCGACAAAACGGCGAGCAGGGCGUCCGAUCUCUGGGCCCUGGGUUGCAUCAUUUACCAGAUGGUCGCCGGCCUGCCGCCCUUCCGCUCUAGAAGCGAGUACUUGAUAUUCCAAAAGAUCCUGAAACUCGAGUACGAGAUACCGGACGGUUUCGACGAGCUGGCAAAGUCGCUCGUCAGUCAACUCCUGGUUUUGGAACCGGCACAGCGACUGGGCGCUCUGGACGAGCACGGCUCUGGUUAUCCUAGCAUCCGGGCGCAUCCCUUUUUCGAGGGCGUCGACUUCGAGACCCUCCACGAGCAGACACCACCACCGAUCUAUCCAUAUCUUCCUGGAACAUCGGAACACGAGGAGCUGAGGUCGCAGUACAGGGUGCCCGACAAUCUCGAACCUGGUUUGGACGACAAACAGCUCACCAGGCUUCUCGGACUGGGUAUCGGCGAGGAUACCGAUGACGAUGAUGAUGUCACCACCAAUACUACCGGUGGGGAACAAAGCGCUAUCAGCAAACCCGUGAGCAAGACGACCGCGAACGUAGUAAAGUCAAUAAGAAGGCGGAUCAACAACAACAUCGAGGGCGGCGCCAAAAUCGCCGACUUGACGCCAGAGCAGAUCAGGAUGCGGCUGGAGAAACAGCGCACGAGUUCGUGGAACGUCUUCGUCGAGGGUAAUCUGAUUAUAAAGGAGGGCUUCGUCAAUAAGAGGAAGGGCCUGUUCGCCAGGCGAAGAAUGCUCCUGCUCACUACCGGACCGCACCUAUACUAUGUCGAUGCCAUCACUAAAACGCUCAAGGGUGAGAUACCCUGGAGCCCCGAACUGAGGGUCGAACCGAAAAAUUUCAAGAUCUUCUUCGUUCAUACGCCAAACAGGACGUACUAUCUCGAAGAUCCCGAGGGAUUCGCAUUGGAAUGGUGCAGAGCUAUCGAAGAGAUGCGGGUCCAUUGUUACGGCCUGCAGGAGACGACCGCCGCUUAGAAAGGGACGCUCGGGAGAGAUUCGAAAUAUAGGACAUAUAGCGAGCAACGGUAAAGUGUCAGUGAACGACGAGAUCAUCCCAAGAUCAUCUCGUUCCCGACGAAAAAGGACGGCGAAUCAAUUGUUCGCGUAUAGCCCGUUGUAAAAAAAUAGACUAAGUAGACUCGUCGCGCGCCGAACCGCGCUCUGUACAGUUCUAGGCAAAAAUUCAUUAGGUAAAAAAUUCCGAAACGCGAUUACUCCGUCGUAGAGAAUCAUCCGUCGUGCGGUGUUCAUUAUCUUUACUUACGUUCGCUAUUUAUUGUCAGACCCUUUAGAAGAGAAUCGCACGACGCGCGCGCGGCCAUUCGAAGCUGUGCGUGUGUAGUUAAAACAAAGAAGGAAAGACGGAGGAUUAGAGAAAUUUUUAGCCAAGGCUUCGGCUGCGUGAAUUCGCAGCGUGUGCGACGCAAUUCAGGCGUGAGAUCGAGGUCGCCUGGGGCAAAAGAAAAUAAAGUCCACGCGUCCAUAAAUUUCGAUGUUUUAGUAUUCUCGAGAUAUCACACGAUAAUCCAAUGUACGAGCAAAUUUUCAUGCGAAUCGGCGCUUUCGAGGGAGAAAAAAAAUGGAAAAAAAAUCAUUCCGGAAAAAAGUAUUUCUCUUGUCCCAUAGGCGUCUCGCAACAGCGUCGCACAGCCGCUAUUAUAGUACUUUAUUCCUAAGUGUAGUCAAAUUUAUACGCGUCGGGUGCGAUAUUUAGAUGAAAUAAAAAACGCGUCCUCAUCCGUUACCCCGCGAAUUAGAAGUCAAUUUAGUCGAGGUUUAGCCAAAAAGUAAACGAAAAAUGCAAUGGAGGAUAACGAGUCAUGCAGCUUUAAUGAAACGUUUACGUUGCCUGUAAAGGAUCCUCGGAAUUUCGCGACGUUCCGAGCGAUCUUUGCUCUCUUCGCGAUGUACACACACAGCACACAUACACACACACACACACACACACACACACGACAGUAUUCUUCACAUUGUCCAUCAUCGUUUCCCCUUAAACUCUCGUUCGUACUCUUGUUCCCCUUCGUGAAUAUUCUCUGUAAAUAUUAUAACGCGUUUCUACGAAGAGCAGGCCGCGUAAAAGCACUUACUCUGUAACAUAGUAGAUACGUAAGUAGGAAAAGAACAAGUAUCGUUGUCUUACCAUACGACGCGUUUUUGUCCCCGCUUAGUUCCAUUUCUUCGUGGCUUCUCUCGCGGACUCGAGCGUGCGCGAUUGGUAAUUAGGUGAAAAUUAUUGAGAAAAAGGGAAAAAUCGGUUCUUUGUACUCUUCCGCACGUUCAUUCGUACAAAGAGGAAGCGAUGGAGAACACGGGUUAUAGGGAACGAGACAAAACACGACUUCGUUUUCCCUCCUUCGCAAAAGACUUUACACGCCUGAGAAAGGACCCUUAGAUAGAUAGCAAUAUAGACUCGUUUGAGAGUUUGCUAGCUCUUUAAGCGACGCUAGGAAAAUUUGUUUAGAACGUAUUCGUCGUUUCAUUAUGUCGUUGUCAUUAGUUUGAUUAUUAUGAUAUAAUUUUUAGUGAAAUUUUUGCGAUUAUUGUCGCGUUCGCGUAAUUAUUGCGACAGUCGAGUAUUACGAGUUAUUUCAUUUUCCUCGCUUAUAAAAUAUUAAUUAGAUAUUUAAUUAUUAUUACUUUAUUACACGACCUCGCUUUUUUGUUAAUUUAUUCCUAUCGUUACUUGCCUCGAAUAAUUUAUUCUUCGAUUAAUAUGAUUAUUUUUCUUCUUUUUAAAUAUCGCGCGAAAAAAGAUCGCAACGCUCGUCGUAUAUAAAUAUUACAGAGACUAGUGUUACUAUCGCUACCAUCACACUCUGCGACUCUAUAACUAUUUAUAUUAUUAUUAUAUAUAUCUCGCUCUUACUACUAUUAUCUAUUACUAUCGUCACCACUGCGUUGUUGCUACGUUACUGCGUACAUAUAUAUAUUAUAUAUAUUCUAUAUUAUACGUCAACUAUUGUCGUUAGACUUAGCUGUUUUUAAGUAUACACGUUUAUUGUAAAUACGUACUGCCGCGUUGAUAAGAGAGAAAAUCGAGACGCGAUUCGGCGAGGGAUAUCGCAAUCGAGCCAUAAACCGAACUUGUACAUAAACUUGUAUAUUACUAAAUCCAUAUGCGAAAGAAAAUAUAUGUAUAUAUUUUAUAUAUUUAUAAUAUAUAUAAAAUAUAUAUAAAAUAUUUAUAAAAAAUGUGAAUAGUAGAUAGGGAAACUGUGUAUAAACGUUUCGUAGAUUAAAAUUGCGCUUAGAUUUAAUUGUCGUUGAUUCUCGGGUACGGCUCGUUCGCGAUUCCGCUCGAAUAUUUAUCUCUCGUUUUUUCCUCCUUUCUCUCUCGCACGAUGCAGACAUAAACAGGGUAUUGGGAGGACGAUUGGAACGGUUGAUCGAUGGUUGCGCGCGUUGCGCCGUGAAAUGUUCGAAAAAAUGGUGAUUCGUUGUUCUUUUUACGGAUCGGCAUUGUCCUCGCUUGCCCAGUGGCUUUGUCAAAAUGACCGCUUUUGACGGGCUGCGUACGGUGCGGGCGGACGAAAACGGAGAACGGGCGAACAACCAUCGUCUUGUCCCGAUCAGAUUCCCCUUUCUUUUUUCUAGUGAGAAUCGAUCGCGCGAGAGAAUCGCCUUAGUUAAAAAUUUUCGCUUCUAAGCGAAUCGCGUCUCGAUUUCAGCAGCGUAAUCUCUCCAUCGCAAAUGAAGCACGUAUGUCACAACGGAACUUCUUUGGUUCAUAUAUAUA